CUGGCAACACUGUUACGGACCACAGAUGUAUAGUUUGUUUUGGUUACUUACUCGAGGAACAUCAUCGCACACCUGUCAAAAUGGGUCGUAUGCACGCACCAGGAAAAGGAAUUUCGCAGUCGGCUUUGCCGUACCGCAGAAGUGUACCGACGUGGUUGAAGCUCACGCCGGAAGAUUCAAAGGAUUUAAUUUUUAAACUGGCCAAGAAAGGACACACUCCUUCGCAAAUUGGUGUGAUCUUGCGAGACUCUCAUGGAGUCGGACAAGUUCGUUUCCGGACUGGAAACAAAAUUUUGAGAAUUGUUAAGAGUAUGGGCCUUGCCCCAGAUCUUCCAGAAGAUCUGUAUCAUUUAAUCAAAAAGGCUGUAGCCAUCAGGAAACAUUUGGAGCGAAGCAGAAAGGACAAGGACAGCAAGUUCCGGCUGAUUUUGGUUGAGUCCCGGAUCCAUCGCCUGGCGCGAUACUAUAAAUCCAAAGCGUCACUCCCACCGUCGUGGAAGUACGAGAGUUCAACAGCUAGUGCUCUUGUAGCUUAACUUCUCUUUAUAUACAAUAAAAAUUCAUUGAAAUAUA